AUGGCCUCCUCUCUCCCCUAUGUGCCGAUAUACCACACCACGAAAGUCACGAAACAAGCAAUGCAAACCGCUCAGCAGCGUCCUACAACUAGAGGCACCACAGGCACUACUGAUACCUGGAGUUCCAAUGGCAGCGCGCCUGCAAAUCACCGCCAGUCUCUAUCCUCGUUCCCCUCCUCAAGAUCUCCCUCCGCUAUGUCUAGGCAUUCGAGAAGACCGUCCAGGUCACCCAAUCCUCCCAUGAUUGAGACUGAUCGCAUCUCUGAUCCGAGCUCGAAUUCGAAAACUCCUUCCAGUGGCAUAUCCUCGCAACACUCUUCUCUCUCUGCCCCGCAAAGAUACAACCCGGAUGCGCACUCGAGGAGAAAAUUACGGUCCCAGUAUCCGCGGGGAGACAAUGCAGAGAAUCAUGUCGAGUAUAUAUUAGUAGCCUCGUUCGAUAUCGAUAAGGGUCCCAUUAUGGAACACCAAUACCCAGUUGCUAUAACAGGAGAUGAGCAUAUGUUGGCAGAAUUGAUGUUACCAGACCAGGCGCAUGUACGGAAUCAGGAUUGGACGAUAUUCUUCCUGCAUAAAGAUACAAGUCAAGAAGAAGAGGAAGCAGAGUUGAAAGAAGCAAGACGGCAAAGGAGGCAAAGGAGAGAAGACAGGGCUGCGGGAUUGUUGGAUGAAGAUGAUGUGGAAACAGAAGAAGAGGCUGAAUUAGGGGAAUCUUCUGGUGAGGAUUCAGAUGAGAGUGAGCCAGAGGGAGGAGAAGGCCCACCGUUAAUUUAUGUGCUGAAUUUAGUAAAUACGAAACAGGAUAAGACGGCAAAGCGUGGAGCGGUGGUGAAGGCUAUGGCGAUAUGUACACGGCACCCUUUCUUGCAUAUAUACAAGCCCUUAUUGUUAUUAGCUCUUGAAGAGUAUUUUAAAUCACCUCACCCGGCAACGCUGGCGUUGCUUUACGAAGCCGUAAAUACCAUGGAUUUAUCAUUGAUGCCCCGGUUGAGUCUUCUGGAAAGAUACCUUCUUCAAGCUAGCGAUAACAAGGAUCUCUUUGUCGAGAAAUUCGAACAGAUGAUCCAGAUACGGAUGGCGGAAGAUAGAGGCGAAGCGCCUGAAGAUAUCGCAACUAUGGCUGAAAGUCCAGAGAGACGAACAGACCUCACACGAAUUGGGACGAAACAACAUGUCGUUGCUCAUUCGCAAUAUUCUGUUCCGAGGGAUACCCACGAGUUUGAGACGAGAGUCAUGUACAAUGGAAUCCCGAUACCUAUCAAAGUGCCAGUCGCCAUUUCCCCUGAAACGGUUGGCGACUUCUCACUCAUCAAACUUAUUCAGACGUUUGCUGAACCACAUGCGAAAUCCCCUCAACCUUUUACCCUGCACCCACAUCUCACUACUAAUGGCGCAAUGACUCAUCCUAUUAUUGUUCUUGCUAAUGCCGUAUUGACUCAAAAGCGUGUCAUAUUCCUCGGGCACAAUCGUCCAUCCGGCGAAGUAGCAGAAGCUGUACUUGCAGCAUGCGCUCUAGUCUCAGGGGGCAUCUUGAGAGGCUUCACUCGACACGCAUUUCCCUACACGGAUCUUAGCAAAAUCGAUGAUUUGCUAAAAGUCCCCGGAUUCAUAGCAGGCGUCACGAAUCCAACUUUCGAGAACCACCCAGAGUGGUGGGAUGUUCUUUGCGAUUUACCUACUGGUCGGAUGAAAAUCAGUACUAGGAUUGAACCACAGCCUCUGACAGAGGGGCUGUCAAAUUUCGUGCAACAGAAUCCUGCGUAUGCAAAUUUGGCGAAUGCAGCAUCUUUGACAGCCCCUGUCAAUGGCGAUCCUACAGGAGAUCAAGCGUUUAUGGCUGAUGUUCUUCGAAGCAUUGCCGCUCGUCAUGGAGAGGGAUCUAUUAGAGCGAAGUGGCGGGACUGGGUUGAGAGAUUCACACGGAUUGCUGCAGCGUUUGAGGAAAGUGUAUAUGGAGCUAGUGCACUUUAUAUCGGUGUAGAAGAAGCCGAGCCAGGUAAUGAAAGCGUUAGUGGACAUGGAUAUGUGUGGAGUGACGAGGCGGCAAAACUGCGAGAGCUGGCUGGGGGUGUGAGCCGGAUCGAGGGCUGGAGGAAUACAAGGAGUUAUUUCAGCUUCAAACAGGACCUCGCCCAACUUUAUACCUUCCGACCCCUGAAAGCCCUCGACCUCCACCACCUCCACGACCGGCUCCGCAUGACAAAACUGACGCCCUCCUCGAGUCGAGAAAUUUACCUUGCCAUGUCCAAGUACACACACUCCUACGAUGAGAUCUGCCAGCUUCUUACCGUGGCGCCAGAAUCGCACGCUGGCCUCUUCUACAUCGCAUUAGGUCUGUUUCAUAAAGACAAGGAUGUGAGACUAAAGGUUGUGGAAUUGUUAGAAAGGAUUAGUGAGCAUGAGGCGGGGAGGCAUUGGUGGAAGGGUCUGAGUAAGUUUGAAAAGCUGGCGUAUUUUCGAAUCAAGAGGGAGGCAGAGGCGGAGAUGAGGGGGAGGAUGGGUGUGGGGGAGGAUGAUGCGCUGGGGAUGAUGGUUGAUAGGAGGAUUUCUUGA